CUGGCAGCUGCGCUCCUAUAACGGAGGUCUGUAUGGAGUGCUCACAUGCCUGCAGGUGCUCAACGUACGUUCACCGUAUGAACACAGAUCAGCUUCCCACUCGGCUCUGAUCACAAACCCGACGAGGCCUGACCCGGAGGGGGAGAGCAGCCCCCCAACGACGGAUAACACCGAGAGAAUGGCGUCUCCAGCGAGGAAAGACACCGAUUGGAGAUUGACGACCCCCACAAAGUCUGACGUCAUUUCCCGAUCACCUGGGUCGCCUGCAUCGCCGAUCCCCAAGUUGAAAAGUGGUAAAGACGCCGUAAAAGCCGAGGAGAGGCAGAAGCUAGCCAAGGAGCGGAGAGAGGAAAAGGCCAAAUAUCUUGAUGAGCUCAGCUUGUUACAAGCUGCUAAAAACCAGUGGCUGGAGAAGGAGGAGAAGGCCCGGCAGCUGAGGGAACAGCAGUUGGAGGAGCGCCGCAGGAAGCUCGAGCAACAGCGGAUCAAGGCGGAGAAACGGCGGGCCACCCUGGAGGAGAGACAGAAACAGAAACUGGAGAAGAAUAAAGAACGCUAUGAGAAAGCCAUCACCAGGUCAACCAAGAAAACGUGGGCAGAAAUCCGCCAGCAAAGGUGGUCCUGGGCUGGUGCACUCAGCCAGAACUCCAGCCAGAAAGAAGGCAGAUGCUCUGUGUCAACGGUCAACCUGCCCAAACACGUGGACUCUGUUAUACACAAGCGACUGUCCAAGUCCUCUGCCACGCUCUGGAACUCCCCCAGCAGAACGCGUGGCCUGGCACUGAGUCCGUGGGAGAGCAGCAUCGUCGACCGGCUGAUGACGCCAACACUGUCCUUCCUCGCCAGGAGCCGCAGUGCUGCCAGUGUCCUCAAAGAUGGCAAAGAUGGUUACUCUUCUCUCUGCCCCCGCUCGGCCUCGGCCAGUCCCCUCACCUUGUGCGCCCACCAGCCCCACCACCGCUGCUCCGACCGCUGGAGAGUGACGUCCAGCACACCCGACAUCACCCAGGGCCAACACAGACGGAGCUCCACACCCAUGGAUAAAAACAAGAAGGAAAAGAAAGACAAGGAACGGGAGAAUGAGAAUGAGAAGAGUGCCCUGAGUAAAGAGAAGGUGCUGAAGAAGAGACAGUCUCUACCCAGUAUGAGACACCGACCAGAUCCAAGCCCGAGUCCUUUAUCAAGACCACGGCCGUCACCCCCCAAGGGUAGAACUGCCUCCCCCAGCCCUGCUGCCUCCCCCAGGCCUCCAUCCGCACGUGGAAGCCCGUCAACCCCUAAAGGACGACCAAAAAGAGCCAGGACCCCGGCCAGGCUAGACCACCGCACCUCCUCCCCCAUCCCCCUCGAAAGAGUGAAGGAGCCUCGCAGGCCCGCAACUCCCGAACAGAGAAAGAUGUCCUCGGCCCAUCCCUCGAGCACGACCGUCAGAACCGCCGCAGCUUCCGCCUCACCUGAGCCGCUCCAUUCGGCUCCUUCUGCUCCUGCGUCGUCUCCGUCGGCCAAGCCCAUGGCGGGCACCAACAGCCAGGAGGAGGCAGCUCGCAUCAUGGCAGAGAAACGGCGACAGGCCCGCGAGCAGCGGGAGAGGGACGAGAAGGAGCGCCGCGAGCAGGAGGAGAAGGAGAGGAUCCUGAGAGCGGAGCGAAUAGCUCUGGAGGCAGUGGAGAGGGGACUUAGGGAGGAGGAGGCACGAGCCAUGGCCAAGGAGCAGGAGAGACGGGACGAAGCCCAGCGCCUGCUGGACGAGAAGGAGGCCGAGGAGAGAGCCAACGCCGAGCAGGAGGAGAACCUGCGCCUCCAAAAACAGAAGGAGGAGGCUGAGGCGAAAGCCCGGGAGGAGGCGGAGAAGCAGCGUCUGGAGAGGGAGAAACACUUCCUGAAGGAGGAGCAGGAGAGGCUGGAGAGGAAACGGCGUUUGGACGAGAUCAUGAAGAGGACGCGCAAGACGGACGGCGGCGACAAGAAAGAGACCAAGUCCUCCCCUCUCGCAAACGUCAAUGGCAAAGAGGCCGAGAGCAGCAAAGCAUCUGCUGAUUAUCAGCCAAAGCCAGAGAUCAUCCUGCCCAAUAACAUGCAAGGAAAUGGCCAGAGCAGCGUCAAAGAAAGCAGCCCCUCACUCCCAGUGGUCAACGGGAUCCAGCCCACGAGGCAUGAAAACGGUCUAUCCACUAAAGAAGACACUGCCCACUUUGGGGAUAUCAUCCAUCUCGCAAAUCACGGCAACACCACCAACGGAGUACGGGAUAAGUCUGACAACGGCAUGGCCACCGAGCCCAUCCUCACGUUUGAGAGUGAGGAGUCUUUCAUGAAGAAGGCAGGCCCCAUGAAGCCUCAGCAUGUUGCAGAGGUCCUGUGACAUGCUCCAGCCUUGACGUGCUCGUCGCCGCCCGGCCCCCCGGAGCGUUUCCCGACUCCUGCCAACAACGCAUGAAUGGGGGAGCCUCGUGAACUCUGCCAACCACUUUAUGACACUUUUUAUUUUUAACGUCCCUAAAAGCAAACGGACUUCCCUGUGAAGAUGAAGCGGGCCACAGAAGAAAAAGAUGAAGAUGAUGAUGAUGAUCCAGCAUCAGGACAGAAAAUCAAAAGACACCGGGGGUGAAAGGUGUUGCUGCAUGCAGCACGGGUGCAUCGGUGUUAACGUUUGUGGCAUAGAUCCCAUGCACCUUAAAACUCGAUAGCAUCAUCCUUUGGACAUUACAGUACGGCUGAGUAAUUAUUACCAUACGCCGUCUGUGUUUUGUUUUUUUUCUUUCGUUAUUUAACCGAAAGAGAAAUGUAAAAGACUGGGUACAUUUUUGUGAAUAAUGUAAAUUAACUGUGUGAUGAACAAAGAAGAUCUGUGGUUUAAAGUUUAACGUUACUCUGCUCUGAGUAGACCCUCGAAAUAAAACCCAGGUCUUAUACAUCCUGGUCUGUAUAAAGCUACAUGUAACAGUUUUUGUAAAGUUAAAUAGAGAAACGGCUUCUUACUGUCUGCAAAUCUCUGCUAUGAAAUGGUUGUACGCAGAACUGGACGAAAUCACGAGUGUGCAACUUCACAAAUAAGAACCCACUGGUAAUUUAAGCUCAAAUCCAUAGAAACUGGGAUUUACUCCACCAUGUUGUUCCUCUCGUAUGCAUUGAGAUUACAUGGACUCGUAUGUAUCUGAAAUGCCGGUGUGUGUGUGUAUGCUAUGAUUAUUUUGAUGUGCGUUGCAGCGUCUGUGGGAGCAUCUUAAGUCUUAUUAAAGGCCAGCUGUCCAGUC